AGCGAGAUCAAGAACUGAGAACAAGUCUGCGGUCUCUGAUCCGUUCGCUUUUCAUUCCUUUUCAAGGAAACAAUUAUCGUAAACGCCUUGCCCGCUCCCAUGAGCUAUCACCGACGUUGCUGAGCAAAUGGUUGGCUAGAACACAUGGAUGAACUAGAAGUGGUUUUUACAUAGGUGCCCUCGCUUUUUCCAACGAGGCUUGUUCAGCUUUUAAUCCGCUCACUUAAAGCUCCGCCUCUGGAAGCAUCAAUACCCUUGGAUUAUAAGAUGGACGAAAGCCAGAAUGCAGCCACGCCGGGCACGGCACAAGUGGCGGAAGAAGCUCCGACUGGCGAGAAAGAUGUGCACCAUGUUAAACAACCCAUGCCCGAAAGCUCACCAUCAACUUCGGUGUCAGAUGCGGAAUUAGGGCGGUUACGGGAGCUACAUGCGGACGUUCGAGAUCAAGAUGAUCUGGAAAGGGAUAUUGGCCGCCAGGCGGACAGGGUUCUUGUAGAGCAAGCAGAUGAAAGAGACCACAAACGACUGGAACGUACAAGGGUAGAGAAAUCGAAACUAGAAUCGCAGAUCUUAAGAUUACACCAGCGACUCUCCCAACCUGUAGGCACCGCUGCACGUGUUUGCAUAACUACAGAAAUAGAGAACCUAGAAUCGCGGAUAUCAUCCCUCGACGUUGAUGUUGAGCAGAUCCAGCAACGCAUCGAUGAGAGGCACCAAGGACUUGAGGAGGCAGACCAGGUGUCUGAGUCCGGAAGACUGCCAAAUGAGUCUCGAAGAGAUUAUCUGAUACGGACUGGAAAAAUUACACCCUUCUCGAAGAUUGGAGGAGGGGCUGAUGGGUCCAGUACUGCAACACUAAGGGAAGCGUUGAUCGACGCGGAGGAUGAGCGAGAGCAGGAAUUAGCAUUGCGGGAAUCUUCGUCACAUCUUGAACAGUCCCAUCGCCACCUUCUACGUCCAGGAUUUGAUUACGAUGAGUCGAGCGCAGAGAGAGAAUCCGCUGAUCUCUUGCUUUCGCGGCCACAAAAGCGUCGGAAGACAGGGCCCCAUCCAGUGCCAGGGCCCGAGAAAGGAGACAAGGGUGCAGGCGCAUCUCAUCCAUUUUCAUCUAGAUUAUCAACCCCGACGUCUGAUGCGGAGUAUGUGGACUCUGCAAUAUUCGUCGCGUCUGGAGAAGAAGGCUCGUCGGACGAGUUGGAUUUGGCUUCUAUUUCAUCUGAGGGGAAAUCACGAAAGAGGCGGCCAAAAAUAGUGGGAAAGAAGAGCGUCGAGAAGGUUGUGGAAAGUUUCGAAGGGGUGGACGACGGUGAUGAGAGGGUAUAUCGAGCUAGACUGGAAGAUUGGGUACAUAGGAGGUCAGCAGCGCGGAAACGAGCCCAGAAUGAGGGUGAUCCUCAAACGGCAGAUGCGGCUGAUGCUAUACGUGGAGCUGGUGAAAGACAUAGUCCUUUCGCGGAAGACGAGGAGGAAUGGGUUUUACCGCAUCCAAAAGUUCCUGACAAAAUAUUGGAUGGUGGUUAUUGCGUCCCUGGAGACAUAUAUCCAUACCUUUUUGAUUACCAGAAAACAGGAGUCCAAUGGCUUUGGGAGCUCUACCAACAGAAAGUAGGGGGAAUAAUCGGUGAUGAAAUGGGACUUGGUAAAACAAUCCAAGUCAUUGCUUUCCUGGCUGGGCUUCACCAUAGCAGGAUCUUGACCAAGCCUGUCAUUGUGGUUUGUCCCCCAACCGUGAUGAAGCAGUGGGUAAACGAAUUCCAUCGGUGGUGGGCCCCGUUUCGGGUAUCAAUUUUACACACUUCAGGGAGUGGUAUGGUAAAUCUACGAAGGGAGAGCUAUGCGGAUGCACGACUAGAAUCCCAACUAUGGGAGCCAGACCAGCCACGCGGACUCACCAAAGAACAGAAGGCUGCGAAACGGAUUUUAAAACGUGUCUUGGAGGAGGGCCAUGUACUCGUGACUACUUACUCCGGCCUCCAGACGUACUGUUCCUUGCUAAUCCCAGUUGACUGGGGCUGCGCUAUUCUUGACGAAGGGCACAAGAUUCGGAAUCCGGAUACCGCGAUUACGAUCCACUGCAAGGAAUUGCGCACUGCGCAUCGUCUCAUUCUGUCCGGAACGCCUAUGCAGAAUAGCCUAACUGAGCUUUGGUCCCUGUUUGACUUCGUCUUUCCUAUGAGAUUGGGGACGCUGGUCAAUUUCCGAAACCAGUUCGAAUUCCCAAUUCGUCAAGGUGGAUAUGCAAAUGCAUCAAAUCUGCAGGUGCAAACUGCGGCAAAAUGUGCAGAAACGCUCAAAGAUGCCAUCAGCCCUUACCUACUUCAGCGGUUUAAAAUUGACGUGGCUGCCGACCUUCCUAAGAAAAGUGAACAGGUGCUUUUCUGUAAAUUGACGAAAAUACAAAGAUCAGCGUACGAAGCUUUUUUGGGAUCUAAUGAGAUGUCAUCGAUACUCAGAGGUCGGAGAGAGGCGCUGUAUGGCAUUGACAUGCUCCGCAAGAUUUGCAAUCACCCCGACCUCCCAGAACACAAAACGUUGUCUAAAAAAUCAAGUUAUAACUACGGCAGUGCAUCCAAGUCUGGAAAAAUGCAAAUCGUCAAGUCGCUGUUGGAACUGUGGAGGGAUACAGGUCACAAAACUCUCCUUUUCGCUCAGCAUCGAAUCAUGUUGGAUAUCCUUGAACGGUUCAUAAAAUCGCUGUCUGGGUUCAAAUACCAGAGGAUGGAUGGAAACACACCGAUUAAACUUCGACAAAGCAUGGUUGAUGAGUUUAACAACAAUCCAGAUAUACAUGUUUUCCUACUAACCACCAAAGUUGGUGGUCUCGGAGUGAAUUUGACUGGUGCAGAUCGGGUCAUCAUUUACGACCCGGAUUGGAAUCCUUCGACAGAUGUUCAAGCCCGCGAGAGAUCUUGGAGGUUAGGCCAAAAACGCGAGGUUACGAUAUAUAGACUUAUGACAGCAGGGACCAUUGAGGAGAAAAUUUACCAUCGCCAAAUCUUCAAGCAAUUUUUGACCAAUAAGAUUCUGAAGGACCCGAAACAGCGGCAGACGUUCCAGAUGAGCGAUUUGCAUGAUUUGUUUACCCUUGGGAACGAUGGGCCGACUGAAACGAGUGGGCUAUUUAAAGACGCAGAAGUUACGUUUCAAGAACCCAAGGGUGCCCAAACCGCAAGCGCUAGAAUAUCGCAAAAUCCAACAGCCGGAGAAGCUGCCAAGGGUGCAGACCGUGAAGAACAAGAAAAGAUCAGCCGCGUCACAGGCGUGUCUUCUCUGGAGCGCUUCCAAGGUCCCCCGGAAACUCCAAGUGCUUCUAAAACGGAGGAUAAAACAGCUCCGAACUCGGAGGCGCGGUUGAUGGAAGGCAUAUUUGCCCGAUCUGGCGUGUACUCCGCGCUCGAGCAUGAGCAAAUCAUCAAUGGAAAACGCAUUAUAAAAGCAGACCCCAAAAUAAUCGAGGCCGAGGCUAAGAAGGUAGCAGCUGAAGCGGCCAGGGAGCUUCUCAAGGCAGGCGAACUUGCCAAAUCCAUCCCGGUUGGCACACCCACCUGGACUGGUCAGUUCGGUGUUGCAGGUAGGCCUGAAAGCACCAUGCAGCCACGUGGGACCAUUUCGUCUCCACUCUCAUCCGGUGGUGGCAGCACCAUACGCAGAGUCACAGGCGGCCCAUCCUCCACCAGCCUCCUUGCCAAUCUCACAAACCGUACAGUGGGAAGUGGUGGGAGCGGCCGAGGUGGCGUCGGCGGUAGUAGUAGCAGCAAUGCAUCGGGCACUAAUACGCCCCGCUCUGGUACCCCAGGAGGGCUUACCGACAGUAUUAGCCGCAGCGACAAGCCGCGCGGCAAAGAUUUUCUGAAGCUGAUCCGUGAUUAUAUCAUGGCGCAUGGCGGGUCUGUGCACACGCAGAACCUCAUUGAUCAUUUUAAUCGUUUCUGUGACACGCCGCGCGCCACGAUGGAAUUUAAGGAGAUGUUGCGGACUAUUGCUGUGUUGGAGAAGACUGGGGGAAGGGCAAGGGGGAAGUGGGUACUUCGGCCGGAGUAUGCGGGGUGAAAAUCAUCAUUGACGGCUUUUAUAUACCCACCCUUAAUUCUGGCUGUUUGGAACGAUCUGUUCAUGUUUUGGCAUAAGACAAGAUGAUAAUGAUAACUAUAAUAAAAAUCGUAUGUAAUCUGUUUUUGGGAACAGGUAGCUCCAUCCAUGUGUGAUCGAAUUGGUUCCUUGGUAGAUAUCUGUCUUCUUGUGCAACCUUUUGAGUAUGGAGAAACCAAGGGACUGACUGCCACGCAAACCAUGGAAUGAGCCUCAAAACAAAGAAAUGCAGUUGACAGCUGUGUACGGAGGGGGUACGGCACAAAUAAUAAUAGAACCUGACAUAUUUCUAAUCCUUACUCCACCUGCGGCUGACAACAAUCGGGCCAGAGGCUGAUGCUAAAAAUAGGCUCGGUCUAGCCCCAUUUAGCGGGCUGUUUCGCCGAACUGUCACGUGGAUGGGGCGGGUCUCAGACAUUUUCCCUUUUUCGG